UUUCUCUUCAACAGCAAAAAUGAAUCGAACCCACAUUGGUAUGGGUUUAGUGUCCAAACCCCUCUUCUUGUUCCGCUUGUCUCUGUGUUUGUUCUUUUUACAUCACUCACCAACAAAAGCUGAGGAUUUCAAUGCCAAAAACAGAACCAGAAGCUUAGCUUCGAACUGCAAUUGGUUCAGAGGGAAAUGGGUUUACGACCCUUCGUAUCCACUCUACGACCCUUUCAAAUGCCCCUUUAUCGACCCCGAGUUCAAUUGCCAAAAAUAUGGCCGACCCGACGGCAAUUACCUCAAGUACCGAUGGCAGCCAUUCUCCUGCAGUCUCCCCAGGUUCAAUGGGGUGUAUUUUUUGAGGAAAUGGAGGGGGAAGAAGAUCAUGUUCGUGGGUGACUCACUGAGUUUGAAUCAGUUCCAGUCUUUGAUAUGUAUGAUUCAAGCCUGGGUUCCGACUUCCCAUAUUUCCUACAUCAAACGAGAUGGUCUUACUUCGGUUACCUUUCUGUCGUAUGAUGUGAAGAUAUUGCUGUAUAGAACGCCGUACCUUGUUGACGUAGUGCGCAAUAGAUUUGGAAGAGUGUUAAAGCUGGACUCAAUCAGGGGCGGUGAUGCAUGGAAAGGGAUGGACAUGCUGAUCUUCAACACCUGGCACUGGUGGACUCACACCGGAAGAUCCCAACCAUUUGAUUACAUGGAAGAGGGUGGGAAAACGUGGAAAGAUAUGAACCGUAUGAUUGCAUACUACAAAGGAUUAACAACGUGGGGCAGAUGGGUUAACCGCAAUGUUGAUCCUUCCAAAACCAAGGUCUUUUUCCAAGGCAUUUCCCCGACCCAUUAUGAGGGAAAGGAGUGGAACCAACCAACACAGUCAUGCACUAGACAGACGCAGCCAUUCUUCGGAACCAGAUAUCCAGCAGGCACACCCAUGGCUUGGGUUGUUGUGAAUAAGGUUCUUAGUAGGAUUAAGAAACCGGUGUAUUUGCUUGACGUCACCGGACUCUCUCAAUACAGGAAAGACGCGCAUCCGUCCGCAUACAGUGGCCUACACAGCGGCACCGACUGUAGCCAUUGGUGCCUUCCGGGUUUGCCGGAUACUUGGAACCAAAUAUUAUAUGCAGCUCUUUUUGGUUAAACAUGCAAUGGAGGCUUCUUCGG